AUAUAAAGGAAGUUUCUAACUGCAGUCGUAUAAUUGCAAUAUCCAUUGCAACUGGUGAUACAAAGAGUUUGUGACUACGAAACAAGCGUCUUACAAAGUCAAAAUGAAAGCUACAUUUGCGGUAGCACUUGCUGCUGUCUUCGUGACCUUUGCUUAUGGCACCAGAAGGGUUCAUUGCCCACCAGAAAAUGAUGUGGAUGUUACUCUACUUCCAAAUCCAGACGAUUGCACCUCUUACUACUCUUGCAACCAGGGCAUAGCAUGGCCAAUGUAUUGCCCUGGCGCUCUUCAUUUCAACGCUGAAUUAAGAGUUUGCGAUUUGCCCGAACAUGCAAAAUGCGCAUCGUCAAUUUCAACAACCUCUGACACACCUGCAUCAAUAUCAACAGCAGCCGUAGAAAAUCAUCGACCCUCACGUCCAGGAAGUCGACCCACACCCACAGGACCCCGACCCACGCGUCCAGGAAGUCGACCCACACCCACAGGAACCCGACCCACACGUCCAGGAAGUCGACCCACACCCACAGGAACCCGACCCACGCGUCCAGGCAGUCGACCCACACCUCCAGGAACACGACCACCACCCACAACAGUACCACCUACAACAGUACCACCUACAACAGUACCAUCCACGACCGUGUAACAACUCCAAAUCCAAAAGCAUAUUUCCAACAUAAUUUAGAUAUUAUGUGUAUAUGAACAUAAUUCAAUUACAAUUCUUAUUAUCGGUAUGUUCACCAUCUUUAAUAAAAUGUCUUAAUAAAUUCGA